CUAGAGAAGAGUCACUCUAUGAUUUCAUGCUAUGUCAUAUACCUAUUGUGUUAAAUUAAUAAAAGUUCAUCAAAAGUUAAGUUUUUUUCGAUUUAAAUUACAAUUCGUUACAAAUUGGAGCCCGAAGGCCCAAACAUAAAAUUCGUGGAAUCUAGCUUGAAAAUUUUUACUCAAUUGAUAAAUUCUCGUGUUUUUGUGAAUAUUUUUAAAACUACUUAAUUAGGUAUUGUGAUUCUGUUUUUUUAUUAUUUAUUGUUGUUCCAGUUUUAUAAGAACAGAAAGAAAUUUCGAUAAUAUGGAAGAUCUGAGUGUGGUUCUCAAGGAUCUCAAGGAUCUCACGAUAGCACCAUCUCCUAAAGAAGCAAGAAAACAAUCGAUACAGAGAUGUAUUCAUUCUUUGGUGCACGCUUGCCAAUGUCGAGACGCGAGCUGCAAAAUAUCAAGUUGCCAGCGCAUGAAACGCGUUGUCCAGCAUACGAAGGCUUGCAGGCUAAAAGUGAACGGAAAUUGCCCAAUUUGCAAGCAGCUUAUAGCCUUGUGUUUCUACCACGCCAAGUAUUGUCAAGAUGCUAAUUGUGGUGUGCCCAUAUGCUCGAGUAUCAAACUAAAAUUGAAGCAACAUGAACUACAGCAACGCGUACAUCAAGCUCAGCAGCUGCGUCGUCGUUUGGCUGCGAUGAAUGCGCGUACAUCAAGCAGUAUCGGACCAGCUGUGUCUGCCGGCAGUUCUGGACAGAAUUCGUCCUCUUCUUCAUCUUCGCAUCACCAGCCUCAGAAUGCUCCGCACGCCGGCAUGGAAUUGAAGCCUGGAAACCUGCAACCACCCCCUAGUGUUUUACAAGUACUGAAACAGGUUCAAGAAGAAGCGAUCCGUCAGCAACAACCGCACGGUCAUACCAGUACGGAAUACCCGAACGGAAUGUCGCAAUAUCGAGUAGCAUUGCAACAACUACUGCAAACAUUACGCUUACCAAGCUCUCCACAGCAGCUAGAUCAAAUUUUACAGAUAUUGAAGACGAAUCCGCAGCUGAUGGCCGCGUUUAUCAAACAAAGGCAACAGCAGCAACAACAACAACAGCAGCAGCAGCAACAAUCAAACAAUCCCCCAAAUCCUCCAGCAUCGCUGCCCCCGCAACAACCAACACUCAACGUUGCAUCUACCAGCGCUGAUUUCACAACUCAGAACCCGGCAGUACCUCAGCCAGCGUCUCUCGACUUGGAUAUGCGAGUCUUGCUAACAUUGAGCAAAAGAACGGGCAUGGACCCAAAUCAUCGUCGAGCUCUGAAUCAAUUAAUGGAAGUGAUAAAUUCACCGAUCUGUCCGCAACAGCAACAACAAAUCGUAGAAAUACUUGAGUCGAAUCCUCAGCUAAUGGAGGAGUUCGUCAAACAAAAAGAGCUCCUGCAACCACAGCCGCUGUCGCAAGAGCAACUGCCUCAACAGCAACAAACAGUCGAUCCGUCUAGCCAGCAGCAACAAGAACAGCACAUGGAACUGGACGAUAUUCUGACCGAUGAAUGGUUCGAUCGUGUUGAGAAUUUCAUCGAAUCGAAUCGUUGCCACGCCUAAACUAUUUUUAGUCCUAUUUUACGUUGAGCCUAUCUUUUUUUUUUAGUUUUAUCCAUCCUUUAUUUAUUUUUUAAAAUUUUAAUCAAUAAGUUAGUAUUACAUUUCUUUUUUAAAAUCAAUUUUGACCGUUCGUUUCGAACUUUUUCAUCUUAGUUUUGGAAACUGAAAUCGAUUAUGCUGGCAUAUCAAUGGAAUUCUGUUCAUUGUUAUUGAUUUUAUAUUUUUUUCCGCGAGAAUUUGUACUAAUUAAGUACAAUGUAUGUAAUGUACUUGUUGUACGUGUACUUCCGUUUUUUUUCUUUUUCCCUUCUGUCCGUUCCUUCGCAGAUUUUGCAAUUUACCAAUGAAUUUUAUAUUUGAAUACGUUAACGAAAUAUGUACCUACUAUUUGAUACGAACGUCUCGUUAAAUAUUAGUGUUUAAUUUUGUGUUCAAUUUUAUUUUAGUCAUAUUUUUAAACACGAUGCUAUCUUUACCUAGAAUUAAACCAAAUUAAUUUCGAAAAUAGGUGCCGAAAUUUCAUCAAUAAUUCAUAAGUGUAGUUCUGUCAACUCUCUACUGAUGUAAAUGUUGAAUAAUGGAUUUUUUCAUUUUUUACUAUUUUACUAUGUUUUUUAAGAAGAAAAUUCAAACAUUUUUAUUGCGUUAUGAAUUUUAAUGUUAUUUAAAAAAUAAAAUGUUGUUAAGUAGUGA